AGGAUUCUCUUAGUUGUCCUGAUCAACUUUUCCGUGUCGAUUCCUGUUUUUCGUGGCCUUUUGAACUAACUGACAUUGAUCAUGCUUGGAAAGGUGGCAUUGGAAGAGGCGUUUGCCCUCCCUCGGUUUGCUGAGCGAACCAGAUGGUGGGCUGGGUUGUUCGCGGUUGACCCUGACAAACAUGCCGCCGAAAUUAAUGACAUUGUCGAGACUCGAAUCAAGUACAUGGAUCAGUACGGCGUUGGAUACCAACUGUUGUCAUAUACUGCACCUGGAGUUCAGGAUGUUUGGGAUAAGCAAGAAGCCGAAGCACUGGCGACCGAAGUCAACGAUUAUAUUGCCUCGACCAUCAAGUCUCACCCUGAUCGGUUUGGAGCAUUUGCCACUCUUUCCAUGCAUGAUCCUAAGCAAGCUGCCGAGGAACUUCGCCGAGUGGUGACUAAAUACGGUUUCAAAGGCGCUUUAGUCAAUGAUACCCAGCGAGCAGGACCAGAUGGAGAUGACAUGAUCUUCUACGACCAACCUGAGUGGGAUGUAUUCUGGUCGACUGUGACUGAGCUGGACGUGCCAUUUUACUUGCACCCUCGAAAUCCGACUGGGAGCAUUCACGAUAAACUUUGGGCCCCCCGAAAAUGGCUCAUUGGGCCCCCAUUGAGCUUUGCCCAGGGCGUGAGCCUGCAUCUCCUGGGUAUGGUGACCAACGGAGUAUUCGAUCGUCAUCCCAAACUUCAAAUUGUUAUUGGACAUCUGGGAGAGCAUCUACCGUUUGAUCUGUGGAGAAUCAAUCACUGGUUUGAAGAUAUCAAGAAACCUCUGGGCUUGAAAGAGACAUGCAAGAAGACGAUCAGAGAGUAUUUUGCCCAAAACAUCUGGAUCACGACCAGCGGACACUUCUCCACGCCGACACUACACUAUUGUAUGACCGAAGUGAGCGCAGAUCGAAUCCUGUUCUCCAUUGACUAUCCUUUUGAGAAUUUCCAUGAUGCAUGUACUUGGUUUGAUGCGACCGAGAUCAACGACGUGGACAGGAGGAAGAUUGGCAAGGAUAAUGCCAGUAAGCUGUUUAAGCUAGGGGAUUUCAAGGAUGCAAAGGCAUAAUUUGCACUGGAAUGACAUGGCAAUGCACUCCAUAGGACGAGGAUGAAGCAGUAGCAGUGGAUGGAUGUGGAUACAAAUCUGCACCUUCCCUACUGAUGUAGGAGCAGCUGGUCGCGCUUGCCUUUUUCAUGGGGUAGUCUUAGUUGGGCAGGCGCGACCGUUCGGAUCAGGUAUGUAUAGUAUAUGUAUACAGGUGCUUCUGCCGAAUGUGGAAAUGGAGG